UGCACGGGUCACCCUGGGCCUCUCCUGCUCCAGGUGGCCACCAUGCCGGGGCUGGUGGGUGAGGCAGGGGCCGAGAGCUGGAGCCAGGCCCCCCCACUGUAUGAGGAAUACCGCCCGCCCCCACUGGAUGCCAUCCGCCUGCCCAGGUAUGUGCUGUACCUGCUGCUGGCUGCGCUCCUAGUGGUGGCUGUGGCCUAUGCCAUUGUCGGGCAUCUCAUCAAGGACCUCACCCACGACCUGGCCGACUGGGCCUUUGGCCCAAAGCCAGACCAGGAGGACGCCCCCCGGGAGCUGCGCCCAAGCCUGGAGGGUGAGGAUCUGGAGGAGCUAGACCUGCAGCUGGCCCUGGCCUGGCGGGGUGAUGAGGACAAUGGCGGGGGUGGUGAGGGGGCGCCUGCUGCAGCCCCCGCCCGGGCCCCCCACUGCCCCUCCAUCGCCUUCAAGGAACCGCCCACCCGAAGCUCCUGGAGGCUGGACUGAGCUCGGGCCCAGGGCCCAGGUGCCACCCUCCUUGGCGCCGUACAGACUGGACCUGUGCUCCCGGAGCCCUUUCUCCACGGCUCUGCCCUGUCUUGCAGAGAACGUUCCCUUUCUUGGCUGCCAGGACACUGACUAUUUCUACCCUCCUGCGCCCCCAGACUCCCAGAGUUUAACCCCACCCAGCCUCCAGCAAGCUGCAGGCCAUCUGUACACCCAGAGUGCCAAGAAGAUUUUAAAAAUAAUAACAUUAGUAGCCAGCCCUUGCCUAGUGCUUAGUACAUGCCUGCUAUUGUGCUAAAUGAGCCAUUUCCAUGUAUUAUCUCAUUUAAUCCUCUGAGUGAGACUUAGAUGGGGAAAUGGAGGCAUACAGCCUAGAAAUGACUUGUUUGGGGUUCUGCCCCCACUCACUCUUCUGAGCUCACCCACUUCCGAAUACCACCCCCGCCCCCCGACUCCACACCUCAUUCCCGGCUCCA